AGGUUUGGGAGCCCUCCGCAGCGAGAGCCGAACUGGGCCAACGAGAGGCAAAACAAGCCACCAAGACCCCAGGGCUCUGAUAGCGAUCCGCUGCCGACACGAACCUUCAUCAGCCGGAACUCCACGGGCAUGGGUAGGAUGCCCCCAGCCAGGAACUUUCCAAGGAUGGGUGGCUACAAAGAGAACCGUCCAAGCUACCGAGCUGUGGAAGCAAACAGCCAGCACCUCUCUCGAACAGGGGAGCAGGCUAAACACGAAAGCAGUUACCGGGCAAGGCGUGUUGAACAAGCCCCGGAGAGAGACCCCUCUCCUGAAGCUGAGAUUGCGCAUGUUCAUAGCAGCCCUGUCAAGAAGGAAGAGAUCAUUUUGGAAAGUCAGACCCCAAGUACAGAUUCUGUACAGCCACCACCAGAUAGACCCAUCGAAAAGAAAUCCUACUCCCGGGCAAGGAGGACCAGGAAUAAAGUUGGCGAUGCAGGAAAGCUGGCAGAUGAAGUCCCGCCUCCAGAAGGAUUGACGCCCGUGCCUCCGAAACCAGUGCCGGUAGUGACGCCCCCUCCGCCUGCAAAGGCCGGUAGUUGGGAGACACCAGUAGAAUCCAGCGUGGAUGGACUCGAACAAGACAUGACUCAGUUGAAUCUAACCGAGCAGACCUGGACCCAAGGACAGCCUCCGUUCAUACAGCCUCGGGAACUUCGGGGUAUUCCUAAUCAUAUGCACAUGGGAGCUGGACCACCUCAGUUUAACAGGAUGGAGGAAAUGGGAGUACAGGGGGGCCGUGCAAAGCGUUACUCAUCCCAGCGUCAGCGGCCACCAGUUCCAGAGCCGGCUCCCCCCAUGCACAUCAGCAUCAUGGAAGGGCACUAUUAUGAUCCACUACAAUUCCAGGGACCAAUCUACACACACAGCGAGAAUCCUGCCCCGUUGCCCCCCCAGGGCAUGAUUGUACAGCCAGAAAUGCAUCUCCCACAUCCAGGUUUACAUCCACACCAGACACCGGCACCUUUGGCUAACCCUGGCUUAUAUCCUCCACCAGUCUCCAUGCCUCCUGGGCAGCCACCCCCGCAGCAGCUGCUCGCACCCACCUAUUUCUCCCCUCCCGGGGUCAUGAACUUUGGGAAUCCCAACUACCCCUAUCCCCCAGGAGCACUCCCACCACCACCUCCUCCCCAUCUGUAUCCCAACACACAGGUGAGCUGGCUAAAGCACGCUUCGGUUGUCUUGAGCAGGAGUUCUUUAAGCAUGGAGCGACGGGAUCCUAUCCUGGAUGGCCUUUGAGACGGCCUGGGGUAGCAGCUGGUCUCCCUGCCAUGUGGGAUUGCUCCCGAGAGGAGGCAACGCGCUAGGUUAUUAAACAGACUUUAAGGUUAAAUCUUAGUAAAGAGCAUGAAUGAGGAAAGCAUCUCGCUUCCUACUCAAUUUGGGGAACAGAAGGAGCCUGAUCCGACCUCCCUGGUUCUCCCACACUGGGACUGGAAUUGGAAUUGUAGUUAUAAGCGCCCUGAUGCCGUGUGGUGGUGGUAUUGUUUGGGCCAAGGAUUUAAAUUCUCUCCCAGGCAAGAGAACUAGGAAAGUGAAGCUGCCUAGAAGCACAUUAACUGGCUGGGUCUGUUCACGGUCCAAGCUAAGCCAGGCUCAGAGAAUUACUGGUUUCUCUUCUAGAGCCAACUUCCUUUGGUUUGUCAAACCAAGACAGCAGGCUGGGCACGGCCUGGUGUUUGUGAUCUCAGCAGUGUGUGAGCCCAAAGGCCACGUUGGGGCCAGGAAAAACCUCUGUGACAUCUCAGUCCCAAAGGGUUGGGAAAGGUUCUUGUGAACUGCUGGAAGCCAGGUGGGGGCUCUCUUUUAACUGCCAGGCCUGUACGUCUACUGACUCAAGUCCUGUAGCCAUAGAGCGUUUGUCUCGCUUGAGGGCCUGACUUUCUGGGGGCGUGUGAGCUUUUCCAGGGCAUCCUGCUAAUGACCGGAGUUGUGGCAGGU